UCGUAGUCUUCCUUUCGGGAUCGGGCCAGAAGGAACGUGAACGCGCGAAUUUCAACGACGACGACGAGUCCGGGAUGGCCUCGAAACCGAUCGUCCGUCUGCUAAUCGCCUGCGGCAUUGUCGCCGCGACAACGUCACUCAAUCAAAACAGUAGAUUUUCAAAUCAACUGUUUGACAAUCAGUUUAAUCGCGAUCGGCAGCAUUUAUCGCCGAAAGGUGGCUCGUCAGCAUCGUGUCCGGAGAGAAAUGGUCGCUACCCGGUGCACAAUCAAUGUGACGCCUACAUCGAGUGCAUCGACGGGAUUGCCGAGCAGAAGUUGUGUCCUGAAGGCUUAUAUUUCAAUCCUGAGGCGCGCUUCAACUAUCCCUGUGGAUAUCCGAUCGACAUAGAUUGCACGGGCAGACCGAAUUUACAGCCGGCGAAUCCAACCGAGAAUUGUCCCCAUCAAUAUGGUUACUUCAAGAUCGGCGAUCAUCAGCACUGCGGUCAAUUUAUGAACUGCGUGGAUGGUAGGGGUUACGUAUUUGAUUGUCCGGAGGGUCUGGCCUUCAAUCCGGAGACCUAUCGAUGCGAUUGGCCGGAUCAAGUGGCAGAUUGCGACGCCGAAAGUUUUCUAGGUUUUCGCUGCCCGGAGGUGAGGAGCGGUCCCUUCUUGGACGUCGAGACUAAGUUUUUCCGCAGUCCUGCCGAUUGCCACCACUAUUACAUCUGCGUGAACGGGCGUCCGAGAUUGCAGAAUUGCGGUAUUGGAAACGCCUUCAACGACCUCAUCGGCACUUGCGAUGCCGCGGAAAAUGUCACCGGCUGCGAACACGAAGCAAUAGUGCGAACUACUCCAUCAUCGUAUCAACAGGCGAGGCUUUUUUAAAUUCAAGUAGGAAUGGACAUUGACGGUGCAAUAAUUUCAAAAAAAAACAAGAACUGUAGUAAAUUUUAAUAUAUGAUACGAUGUUUUUAAUGAUAAAAUUGCAUGUGUGAACGCAAACAAUAAUUUGUAUGAUUUAAAAAUACAUUAUUCUGAUUAAGAACAAAA